CCUCUCGCUUCCUGUCGAGCAUCCAGUCUCUCGCGCAUCAUCGGCACGAGUCUUCAAUCAGCGGGUGUCGUGGAUGGCCAUUGCUCCGCCAGUUGGACUGAUCGCCGCUUGACCCGAGACUCACGUGCCUGGAGUCUCGCGGAAGUCGGAUAAUCUGGCCGUUCAGAAAGUAUACUCCUUAGUCCUGGCUCAGUGGACGUGUUGAUUGCCAGCUACAAGGCUUUCCCUCAUUCUCUUACUAUACUCUUUCCGACUACUUUCUCUCCGACGUUUGUGGUCAUACGAUUUGAGCAUUGGACUUUAUGACAUCACUGCUUUGUUGUCUGCUAGUAUUGGUGUGAUAUACAAUUGAACCAUAUCAAUUGCAUUCAACCUGUCAGAUUGUGACAAUCAUUGUGAACUGGAAGCUGCUGUUAACCAAUACUUCGGCAUAUCUGGUAUAUCUGAAGCAAGAUCGUCGUCGGUUUCCUCCCUUAUCUAUCAACACAGGAGCACAUCAUGGCAGCAAUUGCAGUGCUACCAAUGCCUUUACGUGCAUCCCGACAAUGCACUCGACUACAGGGCCUGAUUCCAUCUCCACUUGGGAGCACCUCCUUCUCACGCCGGGGGUGGCAGGCCUUGCCAGUAGCGGAAGCUCGCGGCUUUUCGGUUGUCACUCUGGCUCGUCGCUCGAGGAUCCCAGCAAGCUCAUUACGAAAGAGGACCGGCAUAGCCUGCUCCAUAGAGUCACGAUUGACACAAAUCAGCCAACAGAAGCGAUACUCUGCGCAAAAGCCAACAGACCAGAGUCCUCCAAGCUCCCAACCUGCCGCCAAGAAGCCGUCAAUUCUCUCAAAGCUACCACGCACUCAUGAGAACAUCUACACCGUCCCCAACAUCCUCACUUUCACCCGGCUACUGGCUGCACCCAUGGUAGGAUACUUUCUCGUCCAUGACCAACACGUAGCCGCACUGAGUCUGUUCGCAUAUGCGGGUAUCACAGACCUUGUGGACGGCUGGAUCGCAAGGCGAUACAACCUGCAAACGGUUGUCGGAACGAUCAUCGACCCAAUGGCCGACAAGCUGCUCAUGACGGUCGGAGUCGCCUGUCUCGCCGUGAACGGGUCGAUCCCAGUCUGGCUCGCCGUCAUCAUCCUGGGACGUGACGUCGGACUCGCCAUUUCCGCAAUCUACUACCGAUGGAUCUCCCUUCCCCCACCGAAAACCAUGGCCCGGUACUGGGAUUUCUCUCUUCCCUCGGCGGAGGUGAAGCCGACCACGGUAUCCAAGAUCAACACAGCUCUGCAGCUGCUGCUCGUGGGCAGCGCCAUCGCCCUGCCUGUACUUCCCGAAACGGUCAUUGAAGCAUGGAAUUUGCAGGAAGCCAUGACCGCAUUCCAAUACCUCGUCGCCGCCACAACCCUCUGGUCCGGCCUCAGCUACGUCUUCUCCAAAGACGCCGUCAAGAUCCUCACCAAGGAAGAAGUCCAGAAGCGCAUUGCCCGCGCCGCAGCCGGGAAGAAGCCUUGAUGGAUCGCAUUUAUCCGAUUCAAGACUUAGUCGGUCAUCAUAGCAUAAAUAGUUGCGUGCGUGUGUGUGUGUGUGUGUAUGUAGAUGUACAUAUUAACUGAGCAUUGUUGUU